AUGGGAAUGAAUCUUCUAAUCAACGCUGCUCUAAGAGAGACUCGUGGACCAAAGACAGAUUCAGGGAUUUACUUGCCAUCCAGUCGAGGUUUUAUGGAUGACCUCACUCUCACCACAACCACCCAUGUACAGGCGAGAUGGAUGUUAACAGCCCUGACAGAUGUCGCUUCAUGGGCUAGAAUGAAAUUCAAGGCCGCAAAGUCCAGAUCUCUCAUUAUCAAGAAUGGCAAAACCACAGAUAGGUUCAUUCUCAGAGUACAGAAUGAGGAUAUCCCAUCUAUCACUAAGAGUCCAAUCAAGUGCCUAGGGAAGUGGUUUGAUGCAAGCCUGCAAGAUGGUGACAAUGUCAAGAAGCUAGAAACCCAGGUGGAAGACGGGCUUAAGAAAAUUGACAAAAGCAAUCUCCCUGGGAAGUUCAAAGCCUGGUUAUACCAGCAUGCCUUACUUCCAAGGCUAAUCUGGCCUAUGAUGCUGUACGAGAUACCAAGCUCAAAAAUUGAAGCCUUAGAGAGGAUUACAAGCAGACACCUCCGCAAGUGGUUAGGAAUACCACCCAGUUUCUCCGGUGUAGGACUGUAUGGAAAGAGCAAUCAGCUUCAACUCCCAUUUUCUUCACUGGUCGAGGAAUUCAAGACAGCGAAGACAAGAUUGGUGCUCACCCUCAGAGAUUCCCCAGAUGAGCAAAUCCGGGAAGCAGGGAUUGUAACCCGUACGGGCAGGAAGUGGUCAGCAUCAGAGACCGUUAACCAGGCUGAAAGCUCACUUAAGCUCAAGGACAUUGUGGGAAUAACAGCUGUGGGACGACAGGGAAUUGGUGCUACCAAGACACCCCUGUGGAACCAGGCAGACCAGAAGGAGAGACGUGCCAUGAUUCAGUCAGAAGUCAGGGGGGCAGAGGAGAGUGCAAGACAGGCUAGAGCAGUAGAGAUGGGAGCACAGGGAGCAUGGACUUCAUGGAACACCAUAGACAGGAAGCUGACUUGGGAAGACAUAUGGAAGUAUGAACCAUUACGGUUAUCCUUUCCUAUCAGGUCAGUCCAUGACCUCUUACCCUCCCCAGCUAAUCUCCACCGGUGGGGACUUAAAACGGAUCCAGCAUGUGACCUGUGCGAUCGUCCUGGUACUCUGGAGCAUGUUCUUUCUUCCUGUUCCACUGCACUAACACAAGGAAGGUACCGAUGGCGUCAUGACAACGUCCUUAGGGAGGUGGCUGACUGGCUUGAAGGUGAAAGGAAAAAGGAACGAAGGAGUAACCCCAAGCUUUGUCAGAUUAACUUUGUUAAACAGGGUGAAACUGCCAAGACACAGUUGCCACACCAACCAUAA